CGGAUGCUCGCCGCGUUCCUGGCGGCUGCGGCGUCCGCGUGCAGCCGGCGGGCGCCUGCUGCCUCCCUUGCUGGGGCCGGCGCCCCUCUGGGCAGCGCGGCGCCUGGGCCCGCGGUGCAGACCGUCAACGUGCACCUGACCCCUUGCGGGGCCGGCGGCUCGCCGGCCGGCGCGGCCCCUGGCGCGGGCCCUGCGACCCGGGACGUGGGUACGCAGACGGAGCACGUGGGGCCGGCGCCCCGCCCGACUCCGGCCGCCCCGCUCCGUGCGCCCCGGGCGGCGCGCGCCGAGGCCUGGGCCUACGCGGUCUGGGCGAGCCCGGCCGCCCCGGACCUCGUGGGGGUCCACUGCGGCGCUCGGCGGGCUUGGGACGCCAUCGCCGGGCGGAUCGGCGGGUACCGCUCCUUCCGCGGCGACCGCCUGCGCCGCUUCACCUCGGAGGACGAGGCGAUUGCUGGCUACCUCGCCGAGGAGGAGAACGCGUUCGACACGGGCGAGGAGGAGGACGAGGACCCCAGCGCCUGGUUUGGGCAUGCCACGCCCCAGAACGUGGCAGCCGCGGCGUUGCUGCCUGCCCCUGCUGCUGGAGGGAUCGCUGGGGAGUUCGGGUUCCUCACGCUGAAGGACGGCGUCGACUCGGACUACGAGGUCACGGUGGCAGCGCUGCGAGUGCGAGCCGACGCCCUCUCGACCGUGGCGGUGGUGCCCUCGGGCCGGCUCGACACUGCCUACGAAGCGAUGCAUCUGCCGGCCUGGGAUCGCGUCGGGUCGCCUUUGGACGGCCAGCUGCUGUCGGCCGAGAUCAUGGAGGCCCCGAGCGCCUUGGUGAGGCGCUUCUCCCCCGCGCCCCCUGCCGAGGGCGAG